UAAAAAGACCGAACACUUAGCAAACGACGUAGUUUCAUUCCUUUUUAGAUAGGAAAAAAAAAGCAGAAAAGGAAAAGCCUUUGGAAAUCCCGACGAGUAGAGGAGAAGAGGAUCAUUCAUGCCGUUCUCCUCCUACAUCGGCAACACCCGCCGUAGCUCCACCAGCGGAGUCGGCGGCGGAAGCGGCAGCGGAUGGGGUCAGUCACUCCUCCCAACAGCCUUAUCGAAGUCAAAACUAGCGAUCAAUCGAAAGCCACGAAAACGAACAGUCGUAAUGAAUUUCUUAUUCGCAAACUUCUUCGUCAUCGCACUCGUCAUCUCUUUCCUCUUCUUCUUCCUCACUCUCUUCCACUUCGGCGUACCUGGACCGUUCUCCUCACGUUUCUUAACCUCCAGAUCCAAUCGGAUCGUGAAGCCACGGAAGAAUAUAUAUCGACGGCCUUUAAACGAUUCCAGUUCAGGAGGCGCCGUCGUUGAUAUCACUACCAAAGAUCUGUACGAUAGGAUUGAGUUUCUUGAUGUAGAUGGUGGUCCGUGGAAACAAGGCUGGAGAGUUACGUAUAAAGGCGAUGAGUGGGACAAAGAGAAGCUUAAAAUCUUCGUUGUGCCUCACUCUCAUAACGAUCCUGGUUGGAAAUUAACUGUGGAGGAGUAUUAUCAGAGACAAUCUAGGCAUAUUUUGGACACCAUUGUUGAGACUUUAUCUAAGGAUUCGAGAAGAAAGUUUAUAUGGGAGGAGAUGUCAUAUCUGGAGAGAUGGUGGAGAGAUGCUUCACCCAAUAAACAGGAAGCUUUGACUAACUUGGUCAAGAAUGGGCAGUUAGAGAUCGUUGGAGGUGGCUGGGUAAUGAAUGAUGAGGCUAAUUCUCAUUAUUUUGCCAUAAUUGAACAGAUCGCAGAGGGUAAUAUGUGGCUGAAUGACACAAUUGGGUUCAAGUAUGAACUUUGUCCAUGGGGAAAACACCCAGUGGAGACUACACAAGAAAAUGUGCAGGAGAGGGCAUUAAAGCUUCUGGAUCAAUACAGGAAAAAAUCUUCUCUCUAUCGAACAAAUACCCUUCUAAUACCUCUUGGAGAUGAUUUUAGGUACAUCAGUAUUGAUGAAGCCGAAGCUCAGUUUCGUAACUACCAGCUGUUGUUUGAUCACAUCAACUCUAAUCCUAGUCUAAAUGCAGAGGCAAAGUUUGGUACUUUAGAAGAUUAUUUCAGAACAGUCAGAGAAGAAGCUGACAGAGUAAAUUACUCUCUUCCUGGUGAGGUUGGCUCUGGUCAGGUUGUUGGUUUCCCUUCUCUGUCAGGUGACUUCUUUACAUAUGCAGAUAGGCAACAAGACUAUUGGAGUGGUUAUUAUGUUUCAAGGCCUUUCUUCAAAGCUGUUGAUCGUGUGCUCGAGCAUACACUUCGUGGAGCUGAGAUCAUGAUGUCGUUUCUGUUAGGUUAUUGCCAUCGAAUUCAGUGUGAGAAAUUCCCAACUAGCUUUGCGUAUAAGCUAACUGCUGCAAGAAGAAAUCUAGCUCUUUUCCAGCACCACGAUGGGGUAACUGGAACUGCUAAGGAUUACGUGGUACAAGAUUAUGGCACCCGGAUGCAUACUUCAUUGCAAGACCUUCAGAUCUUUAUGUCUAAGGCAAUAGAAGUUCUUCUUGGGAUCCGUCACGAAAAAGACAAAUCUGAUCAGUCCCCAUCAUUCUUCGAGGCAGAGCAAGUGAGAUCGAAGUAUGAUGCUCGGCCGGUUCACAAGCCAAUUGCUGCGCGGGAAGGGAAUUCACACACUGUUAUACUCUUCAAUCCAUCGGAACAGACGAGAGAGGAGGUAGUGACUGUUGUUGUUAACCGCGCUGAAAUCUCGGUUCUGGACUCAAACUGGACUUGUGUCCCUAGCCAAAUUUCUCCUGAAGUGCAACAUGACAAUACCAAACUAUUCACAGGCAGACAUCGCCUUUACUGGAAAGCUUCCAUCCCAGCUCUUGGUCUGAGAACGUAUUACAUAGCUAAUGGGAAUGUUGAAUGUGAGAAAGCUACACAGUCUAAACUUAAAUACGCUUCUGAGUUUGACCCGUUUCCUUGUCCUCCUCCAUAUUCCUGCUCCAAACUGGACAGCGACGUUACUGAGAUCCGAAAUGAACAUCAGACUCUUGUGUUCGAUGUGAAGAAUGGAUUACUGCGGAAGAUAGUCCAUAGAAACGGAUCAGAGACUGUUGUGGGAGAAGAGAUAGGUAUGUACUCGAGUCCAGAAAGUGGAGCGUACUUGUUCAAACCAAAUGGUGAAGCUCAGCCAAUUGUUCAACCCGGUGGACAUAUAGUCAUCUCUGAGGGUCUGCUGGUUCAAGAAGUCUUCUCUUACCCUAAAACCAGAUAUGAGAAAUCACCCCUCUCGCACAAGACUCGUCUUUACACUGGAGGUAAUACGCUGCAGGAUCUAGUGGUUGAGAUAGAAUAUCAUGUUGAGCUCCUAGGUAAGGAUUUUAAUGACCAGGAAUUGAUUGUCCGGUACAAGACUGAUGUUGACAACAAGAAGGUCUUCUAUUCAGAUCUCAAUGGUUUCCAAAUGAGCAGGAGAGAAACUUAUGAUAAGAUCCCUCUUCAAGGAAACUACUACCCGAUGCCAUCUCUUGCAUUUAUCCAAGGAUCAAACGGUCAGAGAUUCUCUGUGCACUCUCGCCAAUCUCUCGGUGUUGCAAGCCUCAGAGAGGGUUGGUUGGAGAUUAUGCUGGACAGAAGGUUGGUUCGUGAUGAUGGACGUGGUCUCGGACAAGGCGUGAUGGAUAACCGUGCAAUGACCGUGGUUUUUCACCUUCUUGCUGAAUCCAACAUUUCUCAGUCAGACCAUUCUUCCAACCCUAACCCGAGGAACCCUUCUCUGCUCUCUCACCUCGUAGGUGCUCACUUGAACUAUCCCAUAAACACAUUCAUUGCCAAGAAACCGCAAGACAUAUCUGUGCGAGGUCCGCAAUACGGUUCCUUUGCUCCUUUAGCCAAACCAUUACCGUGUGACCUCCACAUAGUGAAUUUCAAGGUUCCACGUCCAUCCAAAUACUCUCAGCAAUCGGAAGAAGACAAGCCAAGGUUCGCUCUUAUCCUCAACAGACGAGCUUGGGACUCAGCUUAUUGCCAUAAAGGAAGAAGAGAAAACUGCACAAGCGUGGCUAAUGAACCGGUGAACUUCUCCGACAUGUUCAAAGAUCUUGCAGCUACAAAGGUAAAACCAACUUCACUGAAUCUCUUGCAAGAAGACAUGGAGAUACUAGGGUACGACGAUCAAGAGCCACCCCGAGAUGGUUCAUCGCCAAGGAAAGGACGUGUCUCGAUCUCUCCCAUGGAAAUACGAGCUUACAAGCUUGAGCUACGACCUCACAAGUGAAAAACACACACACAUCUUACAGCUGAUCGUUGACUAUUGGCUGGUACGGCCUCACAAGAUCGUUGACUAAGAGGCUGAAAGCUCAGAAAUCGGCUUCUUGUUCAAAAAAGCUUUGCCGGGAACGUUAACUGUCAAAAGAGAGUAGACGCAGGAGCCUCUGUGUGUUCAUGUAAAACUACUUAGCUCCUUUUUUGUUUUUGUUUUGAGACACAAGCGAUAUUAUUAAUUAGUUUUUACGAUUUUGACUGGGAUUAAUAUGUUGUGUGUAUAUGUAUAAACCAUAGUAUUAUACACAUUUGGAUUGUUCCAUUUUUUGCUCAUUGAAAACUCUCAGCUGUCUCUUCUUGUA